AUGGGGGUCCUGGGCCUCGUGAAGCCUCUUAUUAUGCCGAGUGAACUGCUAGCUAGUCGAGGCUUGAACCAGGCAGACAUUGACGCCUGGAUUGAGGAAAUGGGGCAGAGGAGGAAGGACAGAGGUGGGCUUAGUGGUGGAGGAGCGGAUCCAAGAGGGAUGGGCUUGGAAGGGAGUGGCAGGUCUGUGGGUCCCGGUGGAGGAGUGGGGGGUGGUGAUGUGAAUGCAGCAGGGGGGAUUAGUGCCGGGAAGAGGAAGGGCAGAGGGGAAGAGGGUGGUGGGGGAACGGAUCGGGGGAUGGGCUUGGGAAGGAGUGGUGCGGCUGGGGGGGCAAGUGGAGGAGUGGGGGUUGGUGAUGUGAAUGCAGCAGGGGGGAUUAGUGCGGGGAAACGCAAGUAUGGGAACGAGGGUUUUGUGUUGGGGAAGGAGAGCAGGGGCGGCUUUGACUGGGCUGCGAUUCAGGAGAAUGCCAAGGAGGAUGUGAGGAGGAAGGCUGAGACAGGGGAGAGGGGGAAGGCUGAGAGGGAGGAGAGGAGGAAGGCUGAGACGGGGGAGAGGGGGAAGGCUGAGAGGGAGGAGAGGAGGAAGGCUGAGAGGGAGGAGAGGAGGAAGGCUGAGAGGGAGGAGAGGAGGAAGGCUGAGAGGGAGGAGAGGAGGAAGGCUGAGAGGGAGGAGAGGCGGAAGUCUGAGAGGGAGGAGAGGAGGAAGGCUGAGAGGGAGGAGAGGAGGAAGGCUGAGAGGGAGGAGUGGUGGAAGGCUGAGAGGGAGGAGACGCGGAAGGCUGAGAGGGAGGAGAGGCGGAAGGCUGAGAGGGAGGAGAGGCGGAAGGCUGAGACAGGGGAGAGGGGGAAGGCUGAGAGGGAAGAGAGGAGGAAGGCUGAAACGGGGGAGAGGGGGAAGGCUGAGAGGGAGGAGAGGAGGAAGGCUGAGAUGGGGGAGAGGGGGAAGGCUGAGAGGGAGGAGAAGAGGAAGGUUGAGAGGGAGGAGAGGAGGAAGGUUGAGAGGGAGGAGAGGAGGAAGGCUGCAAGGGAGAGAGUUGGGUGA